AUGUCUGCAAAGGCCAAGCUCAUAACCGACUCAGACUCGGACUCGGACUCUGACACACCUGCGUCCUUCCACUCCGCCAACGAGACACCCCCGGCCGACGAGAACGAGAAUGCCGGCGGCUUCAAGAUCAACGCUGAAUAUGCACGCCGCUUCGAGCACAACAAGAAGCGCGAGGAGCUACAACGCUUGGAGGAGAAAUACGGCAAAGAUGGUGCAGUAGCAGCCGAUGACUCGGAGGAAGACACCGAUAGCGAAGACGAGGAUGACAAUGCCGUUCUCGCCACCUUAGAGCUCGACCACGAGAUCAAUGCCACCCUCACUGCGAUCCGCAAGAAGGACCCCCGUGUCUACGACGGAAAGACAACCUUCUACACGCCCAUCCCCGAGGAGCCCCUCUCCGGCGAUGGCGACGACGACGCCGCCGCAAAGCCCGAGAAGCCUAUAACACUCAAAGACUACCACUUGCGCAACCUCCUCUCCGGCACCACCCCCGGCGCCGAUGAAACCCCCAAGCCCAAAACCUUCGUGCAGGAACAAGCCGAGCUUAAGUCCUCCGUCGUGCAAUCCAUGCACGCCGCGGCCGCCGCGGCCGCCGCCGAGGACUCUGAUGACGGCGAAGAUGCCUUCCUCACUCGUAAAUCCAAGCCCGAAGAGCCCGCCGACGCCCCCCCACCCCUCCCCGACCUCGCCCUUGCCGACAAGAACCCCGACGAGUUCCUCAACCAGUUCCUCAGCUCGCGCGCCUGGGCCGCCAGCAAUGUCCUCACGCCCGCGCUGCUCGACGACGAUUCCGAGGACGAGGAGACGGCCGAGGCCUUUGAGAAGGCGUACAACUUCCGGUUCGAGAACCCCGACGUCGAGUCGCGCGGCACACUCGUCUCGUACUCGCGUGACGCCGUCAGCACCAACACCGUGCGCCGGGAGGAGAAGUCAGCGCGCAAGAUUGCGCGCGAGCACAAGCGCGAGAAGAGGGAGGCGGAGGCGGCAGAACGCGAGCGCGAGAUGGGAAGGCUGCGGAAGUUGAAGAUGGAGGAGCUGCUGGAGAAGGUGAGGGUGCUGCAGGAGGCGGCGGGGAUCGAGGGUGCGGGGGAGGAGGAUGCGGAGGCGCUAGAGAAGGUGCUGGAGGGGGAAUGGACGGAGGAGAGGGUGGAUGAGUAUAUUGCGAGCAAGUUUGGCGAGGAGUAUUAUGAGAGCGGGAAGGCGGAUAAGCCAGUGUUUGAGGACGAUAUUGAUAUUGAUGAUAUUGUCCCGGACUUUGAGAAGGAGGAGGGCAUGGGACUCGACGACGACGAUGAGGAUGAGGACGCAGAGGACGAAGGCGGCGUCGCACUCAACGCCGACGCCGACGCCGACGCCGACGCCGACGUAGAAGAAGAAGAGGCACCCUCUAAGAAGCGCAAAUCUAAGAAAGAGGCCAAAAACGACGAGCGCAAGAAGAAGCAGAAAACCAAAGAGCUCAAGCGCAAACUCGAGAAAUACGUCGAUGACAACUACGACUUUGAGGCGCAGCUGCCUCCGCCCACCACUGGCAGCAAGACCCGGGGCUUCCGCUACCGCGAGACCACGCCCGAGACGUACGGGCUCACGUCGCUCGACAUCCUCACGGCGACGGACCAGGACCUGAAUACGUAUGUGGGGCUCAAAAAGCUGGCGACGUUUAGGGAGCCGGAGAAGAAGAAGAAGGACAAGAAGAGGUAUGGGAAGAAGAAGAGGCUUAGGGAGUGGAGGAAAGAGGUGUUUGGGGAUGAGAAGGGGAUACAGCUUCCGGAAGGGUGGAAGCCGGAGGGGCUGCAGGAGGGGAAGGGGAAGAAGGGGAAGAAGGAGGCGGGCGAGGUGGAUGUUGUCGAGGGCAGGGAAGGGGGAAGGAAGAGGAGGAAGCACAAGGCGUAG